GUCGCCUGGUCUUUGGGACAGCCUCUCACACACCAUCUCUAUAGCCUCACCAACUGGGAAACUAACUCACCUGCAAAAUCUCUGCAACCAAAUAACUCCCCAACAGUUUCUUGUGUUUUCUUUUCUUACUACUGCCAUCUGACAUGGAAACCCAGCAAAGACACGGACACCACUCACUUUGCCACACCUGCCGGAGAACGGAGAGCAGCAGACUGAAGUUCAAGAAGAUGUCUUCGACCAGUCGUGCGCUGCUGUUUGCACUGGCCCUGACGCUCUACGUUGUGGAAAUGGCCUCGGCAGAGACGCUGUGUGGGGGAGAACUGGUGGAUGCGCUGCAGUUUGUCUGUGAAGACAGAGGCUUCUAUUUCAGUAGGCCAACCAGCAGGGGUAACAACCGGCGCACCCAGAACCGUGGGAUUGUAGAGGAGUGUUGUUUCCGUAGCUGUGACCUCAACCUGCUGGAGCAGUACUGUGCCAAACCUGCCAAGUCUGAAAGGGACGUGUCGGCCACCUCUCUACAGGUCAUACCCGUGAUGCCCCCACUAAAACAGGAAGUCCCAAGGAAGCAGCAUGUGACCGUGAAGUAUUCCAAAUACGAGGUGUGGCAGAGGAAGGCGGCCCAGCGGCUCCGGAGGGGUGUCCCUGCCAUCUUGAGGGCCAAAAAGUUUCGGAGGCAGGCGGAGAAGAUUAAAGCCCAGGAGCAGUCAAUCUUCCACAGGCCCCUGAUCAGCCUUCCCAGCAAACUGCCUCCCGUGUUGCUCACCACGGACAACUUUGUCAACCACAAAUGAGCCCGCUGCCAGCCCUUUGCACAGACAAGAGUUUUGAGGGUGAAAAAAAAGCCUAGGGGAUUAUAGCUUUGUCUCUGACGUCAUUUCUGUGGCAGUCCUCUUUGACCUCCCCUGCCCUGUCCGAGCCCACCAGUCCCUCCCCCUGCUCUCAUCCACCACGUCUUGAACCCCUGGCCCUUUUUUCUAAAGCCCCCUCCCCUUCCACCUCCAUCCCUCAACCCCACCCACCCUCCUCCGGCACACAAACAUGCCUUCACAUUCUUCCUGUCUGAACUCUUUCGCUCCCUCUCUCUUUCAGUCACUGAUACAAAAGGCACAAACACAAAUGUUGAACAAAAAGUUAACAAUUUGGCUGAAUGCAAUUCAGGUGGAUCCUUAAGCAAAAGAGAAAAGAGAAGGGAGAAACGAAGAUGAAAGAGAUCUGUGGUUUGCAAGUGUCAAGAGGACACCUAGCGGAAUGUUUUUUGUCCUUGUGGAAGACAACUGAAAGUGAAGAGCAGCUUGCAUGAAAGAAUCCAUUCCACAUCAUUUUUUUCCUGAGGCAAAAAGAAAAUCUCUGUUAGUUCUUUUUCUUAUUAGUUUGCACCUCUACCUAUAAAGGGACUUCCACACUGUAAGGAAUUAUUUUGUAAAAUUAGAUUCCUGUUCCAGCACCUUUUGAUCACAAACAAAAAGCAGAAAAGAGUCUGCAAAAUUGCACAUUGCCACGGAUUACGUCAAAGUAAAGAAAAAAAUGGCACUAUUUUUUUAUGAACAAUGAACGUGUAGCUUAAAAAAAUGUCAUGGUGCUAGCUUUGGGAAUGGACUCAAAGAAGAGGUUGAAAAGCACGUUUUUUUCUUUGAAUGAAUAUUAAAACUUUCCGUUUUAAGGAAAGUGUGACUUUAAAAAAAGAGGAAAAUAAAGGAUAUGGGGGAGCUCCUGGCAGUGGCAAUGUCAAGGGGGAAAAGUCACUGAGGAAAAAUAUGGGCUGUGUUGGCAUCUAGGCUCAUGGCGAGUGCUAGCGGCUGCUCAUUACCAGUUUGCCAGCAUAAGCGGCAAAAGAGGGGGACCUGAGACCCAGUCCCUGUUCCUCUGGUCCUUCUGAGGCUGCCGGACACACGGAGCAGUGUGGGGACACAUAUGGGACGCAGUGGACCGCCUGGAUCGGGACAGUACUAUAGUUCUGGGACAGUACUUCCAGUUUGCCAUGGCUUUGCAGACUGCUCUGACAGGAAGAACAUGGCAUGGACAAAGAACGAGUGGGAUAAUGAUGAUUAUAUUUUAUUUUGUCUUUUUUCAUAUCAAUGUUUCAAUGAAAAAAAAAAAAAGGAAAACCCUGUCAGUUUCUGGUACCGUGACAUUCCUGUUUUUCCAAGUUAGGCAUUUUUUUUGUUUUCAUGGUUAUUGUUAUGAUGUUCUUUUACAGUUUUAAAGAAAGGCACAAAAUUUCAAUUCAAAGGGAAAAAAACAGCAAUAAUGUCAACUAACAUUUUAUUUUUAUUGUAUAUCAGUAGUAUUCACAUGCUUUUGCCUGAAAACAAAUACUUGAAAAUAUAUAUAUAUACACGUCUAUAUAUAUAUAUAUAUAUCUAUAUAUGUAUAGAUAUAUAUAUAGAUAUAUAAUUAGUUUCCAGGGACGUUGUGUUAUUUUCCUUUAGUCUGAGCUGUAUCUUGCGUAAUGAGCCGCCAAGCUUUUUUGUUUGUUUGUUGAAAUACAAAUAAGGGCACUGUAUAAAGGCAUUAUUUAUUUUGUUAUAAAAUAUAUUUGAAAAAUUGGUCCAAAUAAUAUACGUAGCACUGAUGCUCAACUGACGGAUUUAUUUUGUAUGAUCUCUGUUUUCCAAUUGGAGUUGUAAGGCUUUUUUGUAGAUGCUUUGUACCAAAAAUAAUGUCUUUAUUUUCCUUUUUUUUCUCAUUUGCCAUAAUUACUUUAUAUUAAUAUUUUUAACAGCAGCAUAGCCUGGACUUGCUUUGGCAUGUUAUGUCACAGAAAAAAAUAGGCACAUACUCUGAAUAUGUCGGUCUGCAUGGAUUUCCAGAAGCCUUUCAGGGUUGUCUGAGAAAAAAUGGAAAGCAUCAAUGAGUGACUUUUUCAUUGUUGGAAAAACAAAUAACUGUUCAACAUUGAUUGUACUCAAGCCCACUAUGUUUUUAAAGCCACUUUAGUAUUGAUGGCGGGGGAGGAGGGGAGAAUGAUCAGUCCUUCAUUAAAUCAUGUCUUUGUAAUUGUGCAUGGCGUCCUAUGAUCUUCUAAGGAGCAUCUUAUAUGUGCCAGUGCCACUGAUGCUGUCGGUUGGGUUAUGAGGCUGUAAAUGUCCGCUCAGCUGUAGAUUUUAGGGUUUUAACUUACAUGUGACCUGACAAAGUCGUCAUAUUGAUGCCCUAAUUGGAGGUAAUGAUGUCGCUAUGAUGCUAGCAACCAUCCAAGGUCACCAAAAGGUCAUUGGCUUUCAAAGAGAGACUAUAUCUAUCUAUCUAUCUAUCUAUCUAUCUAUCUAUCUAUCUAUCUAUCUAUCUAUCUAUCUAUCUAUCUAGAUAGUCUCUGUUUGUAAAAGACAAUUAUCUGAUCUUGUGCAUCAUCAGGAUGUACCUGUAUUCGCAUGGCAUAUGUGUUAGUGGGUGGCGUUCACCCCUCACAAUCUUCCAAUAAUGCAUCCAUUAUGCAUUUGAUGAAGGGCUACCACGCUAAACCAUUUCUGAAGCACUCAGGAAAAAAAAUCUAAUCUGUGCUCUCCGAGGGAGAAGUGGAGUCGUUGCUGAGCUGUAGUGAUAAUGUUGUUGUGGAAGGGCAGCUGAGGUUGUUACCCGUACCUGGCCACAAUGAUUCAGUUCUCUGUGACAAACCACUGAAGCCUAUGUCAGAAACAAGGUCAUUCUGUGCCACAUUAUAGUUUCCUCCUCUAUUGUGUCAUGCAUCACCCCAUGAAAUGGAGACUUAAUGGAUACUCGCCAUACUGUGGUGGAGAGUCAAGAGAAUAUAUCUUUCUUUUUUUUCUGUCAGAGAGAUCUCAAUUAUCAAGGCUGCAUCUUGUCUCUAAUUAUAUUCUACUUCAGUUGUGCAACAAAGCAGGCAGUGCAAUUAUUAUUAUUAUUAUAUUAAUAUUAUUAUUAUAUUUUAUAUUUUAUUUUAUAUUUUCCUGCUAGGACUGCAUUCAUUCACUAUUGUAAUGUUCAAACAGGCUACUCUAGUGUUCUUAUGAAUGGCGUGAAAGACAACCACUUCUUUUCGCUGAAUAUGAAGAGAUAUCUUGCCGAGCAAAUGGCAACUUUGUGUGUGUCAGUAGCUCACUCAGCCUGUGUGUAUUUUAUUGAUUUAACCUCUGCACGCUAGAACGUCCGAAAUGCACAAUUCAUGUACUUUCAUUUUUAAUAUCAAUAAAAAAAACAUUUUAUCAAACGUACAA